AACGUGGAACGCGCGUGAACAGAACGCAGAUACAAUUCCAGCUUGCGAUAGAUUUGCAGUGCGCAUUACUCACUCAUCCGCCAGAUACGAAGAUACAUUUCGCAGUCCCCGGCGAGACGACUGCAACUGCCAAACUGGAUUUACCACCCAAAAAAUAAUACAACAAAAAAUACAAUAAAAGAAAACCAAAACAAUACCCACAACUACAACUUGUGUUAAGUGAAAAACGAAGCCAAUUGCAGCAGCAACAAAAAGAAACAAAAACUUUCAAAACCCGAGCCAAAGCGAAAUAGAAAAAGUAGUUCAGAGCGUGAAAAAUACGUUACUUGCUGCAAAAGUUGUGAAACGUAUCCGAGAGAUACACAAGCCCAUUAGGAGAGCGAGCGAGAGCCUAGCAAAGUGCAAUUUCCAAUAGCAAAUAACCAUUUGAAAACAUAUUUAUAAACCAACCGAAACCAAACAAAUAAUAAAAGCCUGAAAAAUUGAAAAUCUCCAAAAGCUAAUUUUCCAAAAACCAAUCAGCCUCGACGGAGAUUCGAAAGACAAACUAUUGUUGGAUUAACAUUUUUUCGAUCAAGAACAACAACAAAGCGAACGGAAGCGAAAUGCAAGUGGAAGCCAGCUAUCCAAAAUACGCCGGACGUGUCCCACCUUUGGACCUAACCCAGGUGAAUGGAGGUCAGGAUUUGUGGGGCAGCAAUGGCGGUGGCACUCCAUCCGCAAAGCGCCAUCUCCAUCAUCCCUAUCAAAUGCUGGACAAGUGUCGCGGCGGAGUGACCCUGAUCAGUGCCCACACCUCCAACUCCACCAGCACUACCAUCUCCUCCGAUGACAAUAACAAUCGACUGAUGAGCGGAGAUGAUGGUACCACCAGACUGCUGCAUUCCAUGGGCUCCGAUGGUCUGCCCUUGGACCCGCGGGAUUGGACACGAGCGGAUGUUUGGAAGUGGCUGAUCAACAUGGCCGUAUCCGAGGGACUGGAGGUCACGGCCGAACUGCCACAGAAGUUCCCGAUGAAUGGCAAGGCCUUGUGCCUGAUGAGUCUCGAUAUGUACCUGUGCCGAGUUCCUGUCGGCGGCAAGAUGCUCUACCGGGACUUCCGGGUGCGACUGGCCAGGGCCAUGGCCCUGCUUUCCUAGGGUAUUGAUACCUUUACCCGGUUACUCAGUACCAUCUCUCUGGUUGUACAUAUCUCUAGGAUUCGAUUAGUUUAGUCUAGUUCGGUUAGUUUUAAUGCCUAGUCGUCUAGUUUUCUCGUCUAGUUAAGUCUUAGCCAUAAUAUUCUGCAUUUCAAAUAUUGUCAAAGAUUGCUUCAAGUUUUUAAGUUUAUAGAAAAACUUAAUUAAUUUGAGCAAAAUGGUAAAAAGAGUGAAGUUAAAAUGCUGUCCUAUUAGUUGACUAAGUUCGCAUCUGAUGAAAAUAUAAAAUGAAAUUUUAUAAAUGAA